UUAUCAAAAAAAAUUUGCAUUUUCCUGAUCCGCCCCGCCUAGGAUUUUUUGCUGUUAGUAGCAUCUUAAUUUUUAGAAUUUCAUAGGAAGCUAUACCGAAUUUCAAAUUUCGUCUAAAAAUAUGUAAUCGUUCAAGAGUUAUAACUUUUUGAAUUUUUGCCACAUGUGGAAACAAUUUUUUUCGAAAUUUCAAAACAUUAUAACUCUUGAACGGUUGCACAUUUUUAGACGAAAUUUCAAAUCUGUCGAUGAAAUUUGGUAUAGCUUCCUAUGAAAUUCUAAAAUCCAAGAUAAUACUAACAGUAAAAAAUCCUAGGAGAGGGGAUCAGGAAAAUGCUAAUUUUUUUCGUAAACUCCGAGUGCAAAUUUUUUUAGAUAAAAUUCCAUCAUUUGGGUCACAUGCUCAAAAGUCAAGAUUCAGCAUACUGAAAAAUCCUGGAUACGUCACUGGUUUCUAUUCAAUUCUAGUUUUACUAAAAAUAUGAAUAUUGAUUGAUUUCUAACAAAAAAAAAAAAAAAUACACUUCUAGCCUAAUUUUGGUGAACCGAUUGACCAUCGUGUUUAUAAACAAAAUCAUCAACCUACAUGUCAUGAUAUUACCCAAGAUCCAGACACAAAUAUUUUACAUAUUCUUGUCGGAUUUUCUAAAGGACAAAUACAAUAUAUAAAUAUGCAAACAAAAGAACAAAAAGUAUUUAAUGAAGGAAGUUAUUUGGAUAAAACAAAAGUAACAUGUAUUAAAUGGUUACCUUCUCCUCGAACAUAUUUUAUUGCAUCAUAUUCAAGUGGUUAUUUAUAUGUAUAUGAUGAACAACUUAAUUAUCAACGUGAUACAAAUAUUCAAUCAACAUAUUCAACAAUAAAAGAUGAUGAAAAAAAUUUUUCUAUAUCAUAUACAAAAAAUAAAUCAAAACAAGCACGUAAUCCAGUAUCACGUUGGUCGAUUGGUACUGGUAGUAUAAAUGAAUUUGCUUUUUCACCUGAUAAUACUCUAUUAGCUGUGGUAUCACAAGAUGGUUUUCUACGAAUAUUUAAUUAUGAAAAAAUGGAAUUAGUUUCUUAUAUGAAAAGUUAUUUUGGUGGACUUCUUUGUAAAGAAUUUGAUCUCAUGUCUUAUAAAGAAAUUCUUUUAACGAAUAAACUCUGUGUGAAAUCACAGCAUGAAUAA